AUGAACAACCUGAAUACUAUGCGCGCCAUGGAUGAAAUGCCAACCUACAUGACGGAGGGAGAAAAAAAUCCGUUUCUAGGCAAAGGAUUGAAAAGGUCUCCAUUGCCUUCGUCCAUGACUAAAAGCAGUGAGCAUAGAGAACUUGAGGGGAAUAAAAAUCGAGCGGAAGGAUCAGGAGAGUUUGAUCCCCUAUCCACAGGUAUUGCUCAUAGAGAAGUAGGAAUAGAUAUAUUCGAAAUUCAGACUGAAGAGCAGACGAAAAUUCAAGAUCAGCAAAACUCUCUAGAGGCAAGAUCACCAGAUCUCAUAGGUGAAGACCCCGAAGUAUACGAUCGACCAUCGGCACUCCUCUCUUAUUCGAAAUCCACCGAUCAGAACUUGAGACAAAAAGCUCCUUCUCUUGAAUCUGCAAAAAAGAGGUAUCGAUUAACUCUAACAGAUCGAGAGAGCCCGACACCCGUAGAUUCCAGCACCGAGCGAGCCACAGUCUCUGGAGUAGAGAGAAGGAACUCUGAGAAUAAAAUUCGGGAGGUCGAGUUUGCUGAAGAAUUCCCUACACAGAUCUCCUUUCUCAAAUUUAAGGCCCCAGAGGAUGCAAGCUCCGAAAAGACCAUGUGUCCUCCAGUUUCCGGAGAAAGUGCUCUACCCGCUCUAAGCACUUUCCCUAAUCAGAAUAACCCCCAAGAAGACUGGCUAAAUAUGAAUGAUCCUAUGGUCUUGAAAAUGCAACGCAAACACCAUAAUGCUGCAAAAUCUUAUACCCAACUAGAUGAUUCAAUCAUAGCAAAAAAGAAAAAGCGGGAUCUUUUACGCAGAGAGUUGAAGCAGUUACAUGCAGACAUAGAUCUUGCUCAGGCUGAAAAUAAGCGGAUAAAGAACCAAGAACUGCCCGUCAUAGGCGAGUCGAGUACACAUCAACAGAAAAUAUUUGCCAUGCUCCUGCGAGCGACAACGACCGAAAAAGAAGAAAGAAGUAUAUCGACGGAGAGCAUUUUUAGUAACAUUAAUUCUUUCCUCCCCUUUAACUCUCGUCGUCCACUGGUACCGAGAGUUUACGCGCAGGAAACAAUUCCGAUCAAAAGAGGACCAUCACACAGCCCUCUCCCACUAGAGAACCCUCUCACCUAUCUACAAGCAUUUACACCACUUACCUGGUCAUCAACUAUUGCCGUAAUUGACGCAGAUGAAUCGGCGCUUUCCGAUGCCAUGAUAGCUAACGUAGAUGAAAAAUUUAUCCGACACAUCAUUACAGCCUCCCACCCUCAGGGGAUUUUCUCUGCUCGUCUAGCGAUUAUUGUCGGCUCUAAAAGUCAGACUGUUAGUCGGAUCUCACUGCUUCAUCUACCGUUACCUGCAGAGUACGAACUUGGCAGUUUUCUUAUUCGUGCCGGACUGGAAAAAGAGACAGACGUGCAAGGUAGCAUUACUAGAGAGCUCGGUGUCGUCUGUUAUGCCAUGGGUCGCUGGCUGGAAGUCUCCAUACGUCGUGCAAGAUUUUGGUGGCUUGUGUUGAUACGCUACUCGACAGCCGAGGCACGCAAAAAAUGGACCAGCGGUCCUUCACGGGCCCAGGCUAGGCGAAGGGCAGAAGGUAGUGAUGAAGCAUGGGACGUAGAUGAGGCGACUGAUGCAAUUGGUAGCGCUCGAUGGACCCGUAAAACACUUCUUCCGCACCUCGGGCGAACAAGUCUUUGUAUUGGCCGCUAUGGCUCUAUGGCAGAUCCUGACAGGCGCGAUAAUAGUGCAGAUAUUGAAAUUCUUCUGGAGUGGAAGCUGACCUUUGACUGGACAGGUGAAGUCCAGUCCAAUCUCAGCGCAUGCGCGCGCAUACCGGAGUCAUGGCGCGACUUAGAUAUCCAUCAGGCCUUCGUCCAGAUUCCCGACCUCUUCCGCCGCCUCCUGCAAGAGAAGGGUGCCCUCGCCGCCGUUGCGGGCGUCUUGACUCUCACGUUCGACAAUCCUCUCGGCCGGUCUCAACGACGGUUCGUCGUCCGUUCUCGUAAAACGCGGGUCGUAGGGUUUCCAGUCGCAUGCCUUGUAGCCCCUAUGGUGACUAAAAGCGAGAAACCCCUACGCGAACGCAGGGAUUCUAAGUCAGGGCUUGGUAGCAGGACACCAGACCUAAUGCAUUGCAUGAGCAGCUGCGUGCUGGAAGACUCUGACGUCUUAUGCCAAUGCAGAUCAGCCGCUUUGACAGCUCAAUUUCCUCCAAUUACACAGUGGCGGGCGGAUUUUGGGCGAUCCCUCUGUCAAGCUACUGUAAAUAACCUCACCUUACCUUUACGAUCCUUCCGAGAUGAAGCCUCCUUACUACGGCUACGAUGUUUUUCUUCACGAUGUUUUCCGUCGCGAUUUUUACUUUCACGGUGCUUUCCUUCACGAUGCUUUUCUUCGUGGCGUUUUCCUUCACGAGUUUUUUCUUGA